CGGACUCCCUGUGGUUUCACUUUCGCAACAUGGCGGACCAAGAUUGUAGUACCGGUGGUUCUGGGAUUUUGCAGUUUGCUCCUUUCUCUAGUGCGGUAGAUGCAAUCUUCUGGCACAAACUAAAAGAAAAAAAGCUGGAUGAGUAUUAUCUAAAUGAUGAGCCGAAACCUCUUCAGGGUUAUUACGUAAAUUGUGAUUUACCUGGCUUACCAUGCCGCAUGAGUAUUGACUAUUGCGCCUUUGAUAAGAAUGCUGUACCACUAAGAGCAUUUAAAACUCAUGGACAGCUUGUAAACACCAACACAAUAGACGCAUUCCGCUCGCUUGAUAAAAAGAUUCUCAUGGACUCUGUUGGAGAGAAGAUGUGGGAGAAUAUCAAGUCAAAGAAAGCACUAGAAGACCCGUCCCUCUUGGGCCAGUUCAUUCUACUGACAUUUGCUAAUCUAAAGAAAUAUCACUUUUACUACUGGUUUGCAUUCCCUGCUAUCUGUGUUGAUGGCAAAUCACACCUAAAAAGCCCACCCCUUCCAUUGGUUGAAGUGUUUACUCAGUCACAGAUAUCUGAUUUGCAAUCAUCCUAUGAGGAUUUCAGUGAGCAUGGUAAAGCUGGAGUUGGAUUUUUCUUGGUAAAAACAAGUGGUGAAAAGGUUGAACUUGCUCAUCUGCGAGAUAUAGACUCUAACCUCCAGGCAAGCAGAAAGCUGAUGGUUGGGUUUGCGGAUCCUACCACACUACCCUCUAAUCCUGGCUGGCCACUAAGGAAUUUUCUACUUUUCUUGGCAUUUCAUUGGGGCACCAAAAUAGAUGAUUUGAAGGUACUCUGCUUUAGAGACAGGUUUCGUGGCGGACGACGGGAGAUUGACCACAGUAUUGUCCUGGAUGUGACAUUACCAGUGAUAAAUGAAAAUGAGUGCCCAAAGUACAUUGGUUGGGAGAAAAACAAAAAGCAGAAACUUGGUCCUCGUUCAGUUGACCUCAGUGCUACAAUGGAUCCAGAAAAGUUGGCCGAGUCAUCAGUUGAUUUGAACCUCAAACUAAUGAGAUGGCGGUUAUUACCCGAGCUUGAUCUGGACGUUGUGUCCAGCACACGAUGCUUGUUACUUGGGGCUGGUACCCUCGGGUGUAAUGUGGCUAGGUGUCUGAUGGGCUGGGGAGUGCGCACCAUCACGUUUGUUGACAACAGCACAAUCUCGUACUCAAACCCAGUGCGACAGACUCUGUUUGAGUUUGAUGACUGUAAAGAAGGAGGAAGGCCCAAGGCUGCAGCGGCAGCUGAGGCGCUAAAGCGGAUCUUUCCAGGAGUGAAUUCUUCAGGUGAGAUGCUGACGAUACCUAUGCCAGGACAUACAAUGGGGCAGUCACCAGAGGCCAUUGCGAGCGUACAGCGUGACGUCACACGUCUGGAGCAGCUCAUUGAAUCACAUGACGUCAUCUUCCUACUGAUGGACACGCGGGAAAGCAGAUGGCUGCCUACUGUCAUGGCCGCCGCUAGGCACAAGCUUGUAAUGACCGCCGCGCUCGGUUUCGACACAUACCUUGUCAUGCGGCAUGGCUUGCGUGUGUUAUCCUUCCCUAGUUGUAGUCCCUCGAAACCAGACUUGACCGCGUUGCCUGGGACGUCUUUGGGAUGCUAUUUCUGUAAUGACGUUGUCGCCCCGGGAAAUUCUACUCGUGACCGCACACUCGACCAACAGUGUACUGUAAGUCGCCCUGGAAUGUCUUUCAUCGCCAGCGCGCUCGCCGUAGAGCUACUUGUCUCGAUUCUGCAACAUCCCGACCGUGGAGCUGCCCCAGCAGACACAAGCGCUAAGGACAGCCACUUGACAGCGGAAAUGACGUCACAUCUUGGACUCGUGCCCCAUCAAAUUCGUGGAUUUCUAUCUCGGUACCAGACCGUGCUACCUGCGUGUCUCGCCUUCGACAAAUGCACUGCAUGCUCAUCCAAGGUGGUCGAGGCCUAUAUACAUGGAGGAUUUUCAUUCCUUCAGAAGGCCUGUAAUGUGCCACGGUACCUAGAGGACGUGACGGGCAUUACAGCUCUUAUGGCAGACACGCUAGUGGCAGAGGUUUGGGAAAUGAGUGAUGAGGAGUCUUUAGAGUGACGUCACGCUGUGCCGCAGUGUAUGCUGGGUAUCUCAAGGUUAACGUUACUCGUCGCUGUGUAUGCUGGGAGUUUCCUCGCCCUCUCCAGCGUGUGAUGGGUAUAUCUUGAGUGACGUCAUCGUGCCGCAAUGUAUCCUUGAUAUGUCCGGAAGGGCCCGAAGAAAAUCUUUGUUUUACAGCGAAUUUAAAAUCCGUCGAUAAAUGCAUAAGAGCCAAUAAUAAACACAAACAGAACAAGGAAAGAAUUAAAAUAAAAACAAACAAAACGAUGGUGCGGGUGGAGAUUGGGCGUGCGCCGGGAUUGAUAGUCAGUAGACUACUACACUAUCCAAACCAUUGCAACAAUCGUAAGGUUUGAAGUGGGUGUGGCUCGUGGGAAUUCCCCGAUCGAACUCCACAUCGUGAAGGGUACGAACGAUUUCGAUAGUGGGUUUCAGUUUAAAGAAUGUCGGGCUGUAAAUUCAUUGCUUUGCUUGUAAAAUGGCAGUGAUGUUAACUUUUCUUAAAACGUCGAUUUCCACUCGCACCAUCAAAUAUUCAUAUUUCUUUGAUGUAAAAGUGUAAACCAUUUCUGGUCCUGGAAAGUUGUCUGCUCACCAAUAUGUCAAGAGUUUCUUUAUGUAAUUUUAUAUCUCUCUCUUGCCAUAUCGUUGUAUGAAAGUUCCUCUUUAUUAUAAUUUCAAUUCUAUUCGAUACAUCUCUGGUGCAUCAUUUAUAUCACCUGCCCUAUUUGACAAUGACCAGCAUUGUUAAGAAAAACACAUCUUAGAAAUUUGUGCCUUCAACUAAAGAAUGGCAUCCAUAAAAUCGGUCGCGACUUGUGCACUGCAAAAAUUCAUUGUUUCCCCUAUUAUUCUCUUUUGUCCAUAGUGGCUAAAAGUGUUUGUAUGAAAACGUUUUUUUUACCCCUGAAAAUCAGCACUGAAAAAAAAAAAUACCCCACCCUUGCAAUUUCCAAUUCUAUCCGGCGUGGGUGUGCCCCGGGGGAGGUAUGGAUCCUUCUAGAAUCACACAUUUGAGUUAAAUUGGGCUUCUAAGGUCACCAGACCUCGCACUUCUUUUUUGGGUUCAUCGGACUACCAGGAGGACACUUAAACGCGUCUGAGAACUCCUCCAUGUUAGAUAAUGUUCCAAUGACCCUGUGAAACAAGCGAAAGAGGAAUUUAAAUAUGGUAGCAUCACUCGUGGGCGCGGCUCUAGCGCGAUGGGUAUACAACAUUAGUACACAACAUUGUUUUCGUUUCAAUUUGAAGACAAGUUCACGUAUAAAAUGUCUAAAUAAACAUCUGAAACAAA